UAUGGAGCUCACGUCCCGCGUUACGUAGCGUCCGAUAUAUAACGCGGCGGGGCCCGGGGGCUGGCACAGUUCGCUUGGAACCUGCUCUUCUACCCACGCCAACAAACAUGGACACCAAGAUUGUAGUAUUGAUCUGCGUGCUGGGCGUCGCGGCGGCGAGCGUGAUAGUACCCGCACCACUGGCCCGGCUCGACCCUCUGCCGCAGUACUCUUACGGCUACGACGUUCAGGAUGCACUCACGGGCGACUACAAAGGCCACCAGGAGCAGAGGAACGGGGAUGUCGUGACCGGGUCGUACACUGUAGUCGACCCCGACGGCACAAGGAGGAUCGUGGACUACGCGGCGGACCCACUGAACGGUUUCAACGCGGUGGUGCGCCGUGAGCCGCUGGUGGCGCCCGCCCGGGUGGUGGCCCCGGCCCCCGUGUUCGCGCCCGCGCCCGCUCCUAUACUAGCACGAGCGCCGGUGUUCGCCCCCGCGCCUGCGCCACUGCUCGCCCCUAGACUACCCAGCCCGUACUUCUUGUAGAUUAAAUAUUACGAUCUUGUUGUUUUUGUACUGAAUAGUUAAGGAUUUUUAUAAUUGUUAUUUAUAUGUUAUUAAAUGAAUUACAAUUGACUGAA